AUUUUUUCUGUUAUUAGAGAUUUUGACCGUGCAGUGAGGGCCAAGUAGAGUGUCCCAAGCACCCCAAGUAUCACCCCUGUAAGCACGAUUGCACAACACGAGAAUAAAGUUUUUUGCGUGGAACGAAGCAAAUCUUUUUUCGGCAACCGUAUACGAAUAGGAGAUCACAGAGUUGUGAUAGAGGGAAGUGAGAUACUUUUUAGAGAUACAAUAGAGAACUAAAACAGGAGACAAAAUGGUGGACACUGCGCAGUACGCUAUGGCACAGAUGGAGCUGACUCACGAGUCGGGCGGCGUGUUGGGCGCGCACGAUGUGGUCGGUAGCACCUUUUACAUCGCCAUGAACGCCAUGCUUGCGUGCACCGUGUUCUUCUUGUACGAAACAAAAACUUUUGUCGCUGAUUAUGUCGCUUGAUGCAUGUUGUGAUGAAAUAAGGACAGCAGCACUAUCAAAAUGGAACUAAAUCCCGAUUUACAAGCAGAAGGCAUGUAUCACUAUGGGACUUAACUCGAAACGAGAAGGAUAGAUGCAAUUCCACAAAACAAAGUAUUGUCACGAGGAGAUUGAAUCGAUUGACAAAUCGUUUUUGCUUUCAUACCGUCCUCGAGCGGGACAGCGUUCCCAAGCAGUGGAAGAAGUCCAUCACCGUCGCCAUGCUGGUUACGGGCGUCGCCACAUGGAACUACUUGUACUUGAUUUCGUUGAGUGAUUUGCAUUUUCGUUUUAGAUUGGCAUUUAGAUUUUAGCUAGCUGAAUGUGGAUUUGCAUUUAGAGCUGUAGGUUUGCAUUUAGACUUCGACGAAAAACUACGCCAUGAUCAAUGUCCCUCCCGUAGGCUGAGCAACGCUUCUUUGGCUUCUUGGCAAUUGCGACUCACCUGAAAUACUCCCAGGUUCAUGAAGACCACGUGGGUGCGCACGCAGAACUCCCCGACCGUCUACCGGUACACGGACUGGUUGAUCACCGUGCCCCUCCAGAUUGUUGAGUUCUACCUUAUCCUCGCCGCCACAACGAAGGUGUCCUCCGGUUUGUUCUACAAGCAUAUGGAAGGAAAUCUUUUGAUCGCAUCUGUCAGCAGAUUUGUACAGUAGGUGUCGUGUGCUUGUAGUUCUGGUACAUACUAUACUUUUGCUUCUGCGCGAGAAAAUAGCAGGAGGUCGCAUAGAACUGCCCUUGUCACAGCGAGCACCUGCAAUUUCAGUAUUGCGAUUGAUUUCAUGAAAAGAGCUGACAGAGCAUUAAGAUUCUUUCUCUGCAUACGUCUUUUGGUUACCUCCGUUAUUAUGCUCGUCGGUGGCUACUUGGGUGAGGUUGGUGCCGUCUCCGUCCUGUGCGGCUUUGUCAUCGGUAAAAGAGAUAUUUUCUUUUGUUUCGCGGCAAAAGACCUCUUUGUCGCCGUGUUUAAUGAGCAAUCACCAUGUGAUGUACUAAGAUCAUUGAAUUUCCCAAGGCGGUACUGCCGAGAUAAGGCCGUUGGCGGUGUUGUUACAAUGAGCCGUGAAAUCAAAAACUACAUCAAUCAGGCAUGUUGGGCUGGUUGUACAUCUUGUUCGAGAUCUUCGCGGGUGAGGCCGCCGCCACCUCCGGUGCUUCCACCAACAAGGCCGCCACCGCCGCCUUCAACACCUUGCGAAUGAUCGUGUCCGUCGGCUGGUAUAGAUUUUGUCUGGUUUAUUUGGAUUCUGCAUCUGCUCUUGUAGACGUAGGACUGCAUCAAACAAUAGGAUUCUUCGGCUUAUGCAGGAAGCUUAUUGUACCGCGAUGCCGAACAAGAGGCUGUCUGUCAGUACAUUUUGCAGCCGCCAGUGCAUGGACGAAAAGGAAAUAAAUUCUUGUCCGAAAUAAAACGAAAUGUUCUGCAUUCUGCACCAAUGAAUGGGCGAAAAAUUAUAUUUUGUGUGCUGUCACAGUCACAUUCACAACGGCAUCAUCCGUUUUACUAGAUGUUCGUUUUUAAAUCUCCCACCAUGCGCAUUAAAUUCACAGGUGCAUCUACCCGAUCGGGUACUACCUUGUGUACUUGGGCCCGACCUUCUCCUACCACUCCCAGAGCUGCGUCAACGUCGUCUACAACCUGGCGGAUGUCGUCAACAAGGGUGCCUUAUCAAGCGCAAAAAUGUCUGGGUCUGGAAGAAUGCAUGUUUGUCAUGCUUGUCUGGCAUGAGUCCUAGAUCUGUCAUGCACGUUACCCAAGAGCUCCAUUUUUCUGUGAUGCAGGAACGCACUUUGUCAUGCAGCAUAAGCAACACCUAAGAGGUCAGAAACUUGUCAUGCUGAGCCAGCAUUUGUGGCCUCAUCAUGAGACGCCACCCAGCAUCACAAGUUUCCAGACCCAGACAUUUUUGCAUUUGAUAUGCCUUCGGCCUCUGCAUCUGGGCCGCCGCCAAGUCUGACGUCAAGGCCGGCCAGCUGUUGAAGUAAGUGUGAUCAUUAUCCAGGAAAAAAACUGUGUAAGUGUAACUUUGUAGGAAGAUCAGCAUCACAAAUUCUUUUUGCAUUUCAGGGAAAACCUGUCAUGCGCAGGUAGUACGUGGAAACACCUUAUUGAAGUGGCCUAUGACGCACCUCUAGCAUGACAAGUGUAAACAGUUUAGCAUUUCCUGCGUCACAGACUUACACUUACACAUUUUUUUUCUUGCAUAACCAUGUCGCUUGAAGAUCGUCAGUCGACAAUUUUCAGACCGCGAGACCCAGUUGACACGAAAAAAUGUAGAAAAAUAUGACACUUCCAGUACACGGUUUCAGCGAUUUAACAGAACAAGACUUCAAUCAGACAAAAAUACACGUUGCAGUUUGGUAAAUUGUAUCACAGUGAAGAAGCGGGGUGUGGCUGAUGUCGCAUGUCUGGUAGCAUACGUUUAACGUUGUGACAAAGUAUAGAUCGAGUGCCGCAGUGUACGUGCUGCAACCGCGGGUUGCAUGAGUCGAAAGUUUCAACAGUAAAAAUCUAUACAGAGUCGGUAUGCUCCACAGGGCGUCAUCAGAAAGGAACAGUCAGUAUCUCACUAUAUCGAAUUUUUUCAAAAACAAAACUACAGAAUAAGCCCGUAGAACAGCGCAAUUAAAAAAAGUGACUCUUCUCUGCUCUAUUCCGCGAUCUGAUACGUUUUAUUUCGUAGGCAGAACCAACAGACACUCCCUGGAGGAGGGUAGAAGAUAUAGAGGAGUACACAGCAGCAAAACGGGCAGGGUUUCGAAUCAGACUGUAGUUAGAGCCAAAAUUUUGUGUAAUAGACUAUGCGAAUCAGACAACAGAACAGACUAUGUAAUGGUACGUGUUCAGAGAAUCACAGGAAUAAUAGCAUCAUCACCUAUAGGAAUCAUCAACUAUACAGCAUUUUAUGUGGUUUUAAUAGAUACAUCAUCAGCAUUUCUAGAUACACAUACAGUCAAUGGAAUCAGACAGAGGAGUACAGCUUCCACCGUCAUCGUGGCGUUGUGUCGUGUGCUCUCCAACAGACUGGAGUAUUACGAUUCUGAAAUGGGAAAUGCGUAGAUACAAAACUAAAAUGUUGAGACAUGAUGCGCAUGUUGUACCCUACCCGCUGGUGGCAGGGAAGAGCAUGUUGCGACGAAAAUAUCAUCCGAGAAUACAGUAAAAUUAAGCUGCAGAGUAAGGCAGCAUUGGUUAUGAAAGUCUUUAGGCUGAUGUUCUAGCGGUAGAUGUAAGUCCUCAUUCACCACAAUGCUCCGCAAGAAACGAGUUUGAUAGGUGGAUCUGCUGAUGACGUUUGUGUUUUGAUGUGCGUCGACCGUCGGUGACGACAUGCAGCCUGAAACUCACUUUCAUUUUUCGUUGAAUGUUGAGGUUAGACAGAUG